AUGAAUCAAAAUCAGAAAGCAGUGGUGGCAGACAAAGCCAAGGAUGUCAAGGAUCCGAAGGCCUUUUCGGAUAAGGAUAAGUCGAAGUAUCGUUAUUCUUCGGAAAUUCAACAAAUGAUGUUUGUCUUCGGAGAAGUCUCCGAUCCAUUACCGGAGACCAUUAUGCUUGUGGAGGACAUCGUUAGGUCGCAAAUCAUACAGGCUGCGGCUCAGGCCGCAAAACGUGGAUCACGUUAUAUGAGCGCGGAGGAUUUGAUCUUCUUAAUUAGGCAUGAUCGCGCAAAGGUGAAUCGUCUACGUACGUAUCUGAGUUGGAAGGACGUGCGUAAAAAUGCCAAAGACACCAACGCGAAGGCACGUAAGAUGAAAGUAAAAUUAUCUUGGGAGUUGGUGAACUCAUUUUCGGAAUUCCUGAAUGCGGACUCGGAUGAGGACGACGAAGAGGAGUUGGAGGCCUACAAUGACUCGAUUCAACGGUUAAAGGAUGCCGACGAGAUCACCAGGGCCAUGACGAGAGAAGAAUACGUUCACUAUUCCGAAUGCCGUCAGGCCUCAUUUACAUACAGGAAAGCCAAACGCUUUCGAGAAUGGGCAAACAUGUCGGCUUACAUCGACAUGAAACCGAAUGAUGAUAUUAUUGACAUUUUAGGAUUUUUAACAUUCGAGAUGGUCAGCAAGCUCACCGAGACCGCGCUUCGCGUCAAACAAGAUCUGGACAAGGAGCAGAGGGUUCAUAAGGGUAUUAAACGUCCACGCGAGAAUUCCAGGAACUUUGGCGAAAAUGUCUACUUAUUUUCCCAACCACCUCCGGAACAAACGGCCUUGAGACCUUCACAUAUUCACGAGGCGUUUAGAAGGUUGCAGAUGGAUCCGCAGCCCAUAAAAAAUUUCAGAGGCGGUCUUGUUCGAACGAAGGUCUCAUUGAUAUAA